AAGCAUAGCACGAGCACAGCGCGAACCUCAGCAGCCGCUUUUGGGACCUUCCUCGACCACGGGGCGCCGCCACUGAUAGCUUUGUCUCUGUCAACGACGACGACGAAUCGACGAAAACAACGAUCGCAGCGACAAAUCAAUCCCGCGCGAUGGCCGAGAGCACAGCAGCUGCCGCGGGUAACGCGCCCAAGGCGGCGGCGGGUCCGAACGGCACCACCGCCACCACCGCGGCGACCGACACGGCGGCGUCGUCCUCGUCAGCGGGGAUCCCGUUUUACGAGAGCCAGCGAAAGCAACUUCGGGAGCUGAUUUCGCGGAGGAGGGCGCUGGAGAAGAAGCUGGCCGCCAUCGAAGAGCACAUCGCGGUCAAGGAGGCCAACUACCUCGAGUCGACGCCCGCCGGCAACAUCAUCAUCGGCUUCGACAACUACGUCAAGGGCUGUAACGCGGCCGCUGCCCAGCGCCGCAAGACGGGGCUUACCGACCAGAACAAGGUCUUCUCGCGCAGCUCCGUGUCCUAUAACCCGGCAGCCGCAGCGGCGGCAGCGGCAACGGACGCGCAGACACCCGCAUCGACGCCCGCGCCGACGCCCAUGUCGAGCAGCUUCGGAAACGGCAACGGCCCGUCCGGGGCGCCCACGCCGACGAGCGCGGCCGGCGGGGGAAGGGCCAACGCGUCCAAGAAGAGCAAGAGGAAUACGCCUGCUGCUGCGGCGGGCGCGGAAGACAGUGAGACGGAUGGGAGGGAGGCGAAAAAGGUUCGGACUAGUUUUGGGGCAAGGAAAUGAUCUAUCCUUCUUUCUUCGUUCCUUUUCCACCUAUGGAACCAUUGUCGGUUUGUUGUUUUACUUCGGCGUUUUGGGGUCGGGUUACGGAAAUUGGGCUCACUACAGAGGGCUGGGACAUACCAAGGGGAAUGGAUCCCCUAUGUUCAUCUGUACUCAUAAGUGGGAGGGAGAGGGAAGAGGUGGGA